AUGUCCAUGUUCCGGCCCAAGAAGCUUGAUCUGGGUUGCUACGUCAACAUCCGCGUCAUUCGCGACCAUGCGAAGCGCCUGGCCUUUGAGAGCUUCGAGGCUGAGAGACAGGCUUUGAGACACGUCAUCCGCAACACGACGCUGCCGGCCCGCACGCGCGCCGAGGCCCAGCUGCAGCUGACGCAACUGCCGGCAUACUCACGCCCAAGCCAGAUCCGGAACCGCUGCAUUCUCGGAGGAAAGACCCGGGGUAUCCUGCGGGACUUUAAGCUGUCACGGUAUAACUUCCGAAUCCAGGCACUGAGUGGAGGAAUCCCCGGCGUGCGGAAGGCUAGCCUGCCGGAGGACUCGUCCUUCCCUGAGGACCUGGAGAAGCUAGGCUACUAUGUGAACGAGGAUGAUGAGAUCCGCAACAUCCAGGAUCCUAGGUUUUACUUCAAAUACUUUAUCAACAGGAAUAUGUAUUACAACGAUCGGCAGCGCUUUGCCUUUGGCUGUACGUGCUCGUCGAGCUUCUUCUUCUUCCGCUCCUUCUUCUGCUCUGACACAUGGCUCCGACCAGCUGCCACCAACAGCCUCGUGUAUGACCGCCUGGCCAAGCUCGGCCUCCGACCUGUCCGGCUGCCGCUGGGCGCUGCUGCCGACGAGCCCCACGUGACGGUACUCGCCACCGACGACCUGGCGACAGCCGGCCGCAUCGUCCUGUUUGUCGGCGAGACGGUGCAAGACAUUGGGAUUCUGGCCCGUCGCAUCGUCGGUGGUGCGGGUGGUAUCAACAAAGGCAGCCUAGUGUCGAUGGUGGAAGCUGUUCGCAAGGAGCAGACAGAGCAUCGUGCUCCAGCCAUACUCGUCUUCAACCCCGGCCAGCUCUUCUGGUGGCCCCAAGGCGGCCGUGCUCUCAGCCUGCCGGCACGCCAGGGCAUGCCGCGACCGAGUGCGGCACACUACCCUCCCCGGACGCUUCCCGGGAUCAACAGCGUUCCGGGACAUGCCACGGCCGACGAGCACGUUGCGAGCGUGUUCCGCGAUCUUCUCGCGCCGCUGCUGCCUCCGCCCCGUCUCACCGUCAUCGCGAUUGCAGGCGGUGCUGACGCGCUGGAGGGAUUUCUGGACCAGGCCGACAACUGGCGUCGCUGGGGUCCACACAUGGAUAGCCUUGCUCUCCUUGGCGGCCUGUACGAGGCAACCGACGUCAAGACAAAUGGCUUCCGGCAGUUUUUACGCAAGCGGGCCCGAGCCUACAUCCCAAGCACGGCUCCGGUCGACAUGCCGAUUUCCGGGCCAGACGGCAACGACCAGACCAUGCGGUCGACGCGCUUUGGCUGUCCGGUGCACAGCUCGGGCACGUCGUGGCUGACGGAGCUCAUGUUCAUCGACGCCCAGGACGCGAUUCUAGCGUGGGGCAGGGCUGUGGCAGACAACCCGGGAUAUGAGAACGCGCAGAUGGAGAUUACGUAUGCCGAGGAAGCGAUGGCCGAGGUGGAGAACACAUGGGUUGGCUAUGAAGGCGGCGUGGACCAGACAGCGGCUGCUGAUGACGUCGAGAAAACGGCUGACAAGCUGUCGGUGGAGGACAGCAGCACAGAUGGGUCAAGUGUGCACGUAUAG